AAUAAAAUCGCGGGAAAUAUUUCGCACACAUCGAAUAUACAUUUCCCUUAAUUAAAUUAUUUAUUGCAGGUUUAUAUUGUAGUUAUUCAUUUUGUAUCAGUUUGGCAGUUUCAUUUACAUCAUAUUAAAUUAACUCAAGUUUGUUCCGUACGGCUAGACAAUCUCCAUAGGCAAGGCUAUACCAACAGAGCUGUACGGCUAGCCUCUUGUCUACCCCUACGGGGCCGUACGGCUAGCCUCUUGUCUUCCCAUACGGGGCGGUACGACUAGCCACUGCCUUCUGUUAGACACCGAAGCGUUUUAUCAAACUAACUUGGAAUGUACUGUAAAGACUAGCCAUUAAAGACAUGGGAAAGUCAAAAAAGCGAAAGUCUGUUGUGGAAAAGGCUGUGGAACCUGAGUCAUACCCUGACAAUGACAAAGAUGUAUUUGAUUCCAUCCAAACCUAUCUCAGAAGAAAGCUGUGUCAAAAUGCAAGGACCACAGAGAUUCAUGGACUUGAGAAAGAAAGGAGAGAUCUAUUCGAGCUUAUCAAGAGGACGGCCACAGCAGGGGAGAGCAACUCUGUGCUGGUGCUAGGAGCGCGGGGCAGCGGCAAGUCUAUGUUGAUCAGAAGUGUGCUGACCGAGUUGACAGCUGACAAGGAUAUUGAGCAAAAUCUGCUGCAAGUCCACCUAAAUGGUCUAUUGCAAACAGAUGAUAAGGUGGCUCUUCGAGAAAUCACACGUCAACUGAAACUUGAGAAUUCAGUCGGUGACAAAGUAUUUGGUUCCUUCGCUGAAACUUUGCAGUUUUUGUUAGAUGCACUCAAAAGUGGCAGCCAAUCCAGCAAGCCGAUACUGUUUGUGCUCGAGGAGUUCGACCUGUUUGCCUUCCAUCGCAACCAGACCCUGCUGUACAACCUGUUUGACAUCUCUCAGUCAGCACAGACCCCCAUCUGUGUCCUGGGGGUCACAUGUAGACUGGAUGUCAUAGAACUCCUGGAGAAGCGAGUGAAGUCUCGGUUUUCCCACCGUCAGCUGCAUCUCUUUACCAGCCUUCCUUUUGAAGAGUACCAGCAGUUGUUUGCCUCAGUUCUCUCCCUUGGCAAGGAUUUCCCUGUCCAGUCAAUGGCCAGUGAUUGGAACAAGAGUGUUCAGGCCCUGUCCAAAGACGCCAGUGUUGUGGACGUGCUCAAGAGACUAUAUGAGGUGACAAGAGACGUACGCUCGCUGCAGCAACUCAUGGUUUACCCAGUCGGUCUGCUGUGCGAGGACCACCCCAGACUGCAGGCUGCAGACUUUCAGGAGUCCAUGAAGAUGCUGUCUACAGAUUCCAAGGCUGCCAUGCUACAUGGUGUUUCCAUAUUGGAACUGUGCCUUAUCAUAUCCAUGAAACAUCUCUGUGAUAUCUAUGAUGGAGAACCCUUCAACUUUGAAAUGGUUUACAAAGAGUAUCAGAAGUUUGCUCAACGCAGAUCAUCCAUGCAAGUGUUUGAAAAACCUGUUGUCCUUAAGGCGUUUGAGCACCUGAUAGCCCUGGAGUUGGUGCGGCCCAUGGAACAGAGCCACGGGUCGCGGGUGCAGAAGGAAUACCGGCUGAUGUCACUUCUCAUCCACCCGUCCCAGGUGCUAACAGCGCUACAGAAGUACCCUAACUGUCCCACGGAGAUCACCCAGUGGGCUUCAUGUGCGACCGCCGUCUGAUUCUACAGAAGUACCCUAACUGUCCCACGGAGAUCAUGCAGUGGGCAUUGUGUGCAACCCCUGUCUGAUGUGCGAUAAUAUUUAAGUCGUGCAUUUAAAAUACACAAUUAUGUAUUAUUUUUGAAUCUCUUGUAAUAAAGCAAAUAAAGAGUAAAUGAUUA